AGGAAGUGCUUCCGGGGCCCGGGGCCCGGCUGAGGUACCCGUGGUUACGCUGUGGUGAGAGGCGGUGGCGGUGCUCCGAGCGAGGCCUGAGGGCCUGCCGGCGGGGGCGGCAGCGACGGGGACUUUCUGGCCGGAACAAACCAAAAACUGCUUGUAGAAAUAAGGAAGAUCUCUCAGACUUCUGGCACGUGUAAAAAGUGGGUAGUGGCUCACAUGUCACAGGAUGGACCGGUCGCACUCUAGGUCCCCCAGGUGGAAACGCAGGUCUUUAUCACCAGUACCUAGAAAUUCUGAACACUACAAGCAAAGACAUUCCCAUGGGCAUUAUGGCUGUGAAUACAGAAAGGAACCAGAAAGACCCAUCACUUGGAGAAUAGACAAUGAUAAAUAUGGACAGAGUAAACCAAGGAUUCCUUCUCAUGGAAAUGUGUAUUAUAGAUCUUAUGAACAUAGAUCACCUUCUCCAAACAUAAGAAGAAACUUUUUAGAAGAUGCUUAUAAUUAUAAUCCUUACCGAGUACAUUUACCAGGAAGAGCGGAUGAUAACAGAGGAUCUCAGUAUAUCCCCAAAUACUUAGAAAGUGUACGCUACAAAGAGCACCAGAGGGAUUGUUAUCCUGAGGAAGUACAAGGAAGGUAUAUUCCUUAUGACCAUAGAAUUCAAGGAAGUGGAAAAGGAGGGAAAUCAGCUCAGAGGCCAAUAGAAAAUUCUUUUAGAGUCAAAGGGAAGUGGUGUGAAGAUGAGUUGAGGCACCAGAGGAUACAAGAUGAAAAAUAUUCUCAGUCAUUUCGAAGAGGCUCUGAAGACUUUGAAGAAAGGAACUCUUUUCAGAAGAGGUAUCCUGAGGAUCGUGAUUUUGGAAAGUAUGGAUACACAUCAAAAAGACCACAAGACGUGGAGAGGUAUGAAAACAGAGAGCCUGCCAGGAGCCCACAGUGGAAGUCAAGGCAUUCUCUUCCAUCUUACCAAGAAAAGAAAGGUCAGUGGAACCUUGGACCCCAAACACAUUGGCAUGCCCAGAGGGAUGUCCCAGAGACCGGUUCAGCAACCAAGGUAUCCUGUGACUAUCGCCAGAAGCAUCGUAAGACCUCAGAUGGGGACUACGACUUUUCUGUUGGAAGAACUCAGAAGUACUCUAAGGAUGGAGAUAGAAAAUACAGUUCUCCAAAAGGCUCUGUAAACAGAGAGGUCACUUUUUUUAAUACUGGAAGAGGAAGAGAGACUGAAGGUGGGCAAGUCAAAGAACCUUUUAAACCAUUGAAGAAAGAGUUCCCAAGCUGCCCUCAUUCAAGUAAAAGUGAUGUUGCUUUGAAACCCUGCAACAACAACUGGAGGGACAAAAUAAAGAGAGGAAAGAAUGGCAGAGAAGACAGCGACUCUUCGAGUGACCAACUUGAUAAAAGUAUACAACUUUCUGAUGUGAAACAUUCAUCUGCCCAUCUUAGGAAGAAAUCACUUACAGUAAAUACAUCCAGCUGUUCCACAGAGAGACAGAUGUCACAUGAUUUGGUUGCUGUUGGCAGGAAAAGUGAGAACUUUCAUCCAGUGUUUGAACAUCUUGACUCAACUCAGAAUACUGAAAACAAACCUACAAGAGAAUUUGCUCAGGAAAUCAUAACCAUAAUCCAUCAAGUUAAAGCAAAUUAUUUUCCAUUACCUGACAUUACUCUACAUGAGCGUUUCUCAAAAAUGCAAGACAUGCAAGCUACAGAUGAAAAUGAAAUUAAAUCAAAUUCAGAUCCAGAAAUUCACAGGAGAAUAGAUAUGUCUUUGGCUGAGCUUCAGAAUAAACAAACUAUGGUAUAUGAACCAGAACAGACUCUGGUCAAAAUAAUAGAACCAAAUGACCUACGACAUGACAUUGAAAGGAGGAGAAAAGAACGGUUACAGAAUGAAGAUGAGAACAUUUUUCACAUAGCUAGUGCUGCAGAGAGGAAUGAUCAGAAUUCUCAUUUUCCAAGGCUGAGGAAUACUAAUGCUGAUGGAUUCCAAAAACCUACAUGUUUUAUAAAAUCGAAUUUUAGAAAAUUUACUCAGAAACCUUACAUGAAUUAUCAUAGUAUGCAGGGAAAAGGCAUUACUAACAAACCAUUUGGAGUUGAGGCAAACUAUCAAAACUCAAGAGGCUUUAGAAGACCUUUUAAGAACAACUUUACAGGUGGCAAAUUCCAGCCCCGUUAUAAAUCAGGCCUAGUACAGAAGAGCUUGUACAUUCAGGCUAAAUAUCAGCGUUUACGGUUUGCUGGUCCAAGGAGGGGAUUUAUCACUAAUAAAUACAGAGAAAGAUUACUGAGGAAGAAAAAGGAAUAUACAAACAUUGCCACAGCCGUCUAAUCUGGAAUUGUUACAGAUGGAAAUGACACUACAGGACGAUAUUUGGGAGCAUCUCUUUUUGUCAGGAGUUAGACUUGGCACUAGAGCUCUAAUAAAGUAACUUUCUUGUUAAAAUAACUAUUUUUUUCGUAGUGGAAUGCUUCAACUUUUUUACAUUUAACAGUUCCUUUUAAAUUACAAUAUUCAAUUUAAAAGUUGUAUUAAGUACAAUUUCCUUUGCAAAAAGUCUCAAAAGGGCAUUAUUUGUUGAUGCAUUUUUCUCUGAGCAUAGUUUCAUAGAGAACUUAAUUAUAUCCAGAUAUUUAUAUGUCAAAAGUUUUGCUUAUGUAAUAAUAACAAAUAUCUGAAUUGUAUAGUGUCUGUACAUGAAAGAACUUUAAACAGCGGCCUUAUGGUAGCAAAUUUUAUACCAGAUUUUUCUUUUUCUGAUGACACUUAGGUUUAUAACUUGAAGUUUUCCUAAGUUUCUGAAGAUUACAUCUAUAUAGUCCAUACAUUUCAUAUUAUGAUAUAAGAAGGCAAGAGAAAAGGUGCCUCAAAUUUUCCAUCAGGUAGUUAUGAGUGCACUGAAUUUUUAGUAAUUGGUUCAUUCAGUUUUUUCCACAAUUAUUUGCUCUUUUCCAAGUUCAAAAUGCUAUUGUGGAAAAUAUGUAAAGAUUUUGUAAUAUUUAUUCCAUCUUACUUUCCCUCAGGGCAAGUUUGUGCAUAUCAUAUUUUUAAAGGCUUUUUAAAAAUCAGACAAAAUCUCCAUGUUUGGAAAUUGUACUUUACUACUACAGCAUUAUACAUUUUGCAAGCACAUAUUACAACGUUUGUUUGCAGUUUAGUUGUAUUGAAUACCUACUAUGUUUAAGAUAAAACUGAAGAUGUUUUAAAUGCUAUUUUAAGCCCCAAUACCUUAUUUCUUUAUGUUCCUGUGUUCUGCCUAACAGAACAUAUACAUUCCGAGUUAAAUUGUUUUGAAAUGUUUACUUGCAAUAAAAUAUUAUUGCUCGUUCUGUU